AUGAAAAUGGAAAAAGAAGAAAAAAAAAAUAAAAAAGAUGUAUACAUAGAUCAUUUUAAAUAUUUAAAUAUUACACAUAUUAUUUUUUUUUCAUUAUUAGUUUUAUCUUGGAUUUUAUUAAUUGUAACAUUUUCAGGAACAACAUUUUGGUAUAAAUAUGAAGAUGAAGGUAUUAAAGUACAAUGGAGAUUUAAUGAAGUUAGAAUUGAAGUUGGAAGUGAUAAUGAAUAUAUUGCAACAUAUACGAAAUAUGGAAGUCAUGAAGCAUCAAUAUUUAAAGCGUGUAUUUCAUUUACAAUUUUAUCAUUCAUUGUGGUUAAUGUAUUGUUGAUAUUGAUAUUGAUUCAAAUAAUUGGUGCAACUAGGGAACAAAAACAUAUUGAUUCCCAAAUCUUGAAAAAGUCAAUUAGAUUCAUUCCAAUAAUUUCUUUCUUUUUUGCAUUUUUAUCGAUUUUAAUUUGUUUAGGUUUCAACAAAGCUUAUGAAAAAGAUUGUAAACAAUCGACAACAUGUUAUCAAUCAAUAUUUGAUGGUGGUUUCAUUGGUUCAACUGAAAAUAAAUAUUGGGGUCCUGGUGUUGGUUGGAUAACUUCUUUAAUUGCAACUAUAUUUUUAUUCUUUGCUUCAAUUUUAUCAGUUUUUAAUUAUAGAAAUAUAAAUAAUAAUAAUAAUAAUAAUAUUAGUAAUAAUAAUAAUAAUAAUAAUCAUCAUCAUGAAAAUAAAAAUAACUUACAUUUAAAAGGUAAUGGAGAAGAUGGUGCAAAUCAAAUUUAA